UACCGAACAACCACAGGCGGAGGCAAACAGGUUUGGUUCGUCCCGUUCAUGACAGCGCACUACAGAUUCGCGGGGAGGCUAGCUACCGUACUGUUAGUUCUCGGAGUCUGAGGGCGUCUCUGAAAUGAUUUACCAUGUGUAUUUGAUCGUAGAGGAUAUGGCGCAUUUAAACAGAAGGACUAUAUUGACUGCUGCGUUUUGACUGGAUUGCUAGCCAGCUAACUAGCUUUAGCUAAAUGCAUUGCAUUUGCUUCUAGCUAACUUGAGAUAGCAAACGUUGUCGUGUUGCUAUCGAAACACAUAGCCCGCAAGAAGUUGUGGAUUUAACGCUACGUUAGUUAGCUAACCAUGCAAUUAUUGCAUGCCAGAGACAAUCAGGAGUGGCUUGCUUAGUUAUACUGUCUCAUGUUUUUCUACAACGUUUGCCCUCUAACCGAUUUGGCAACACUCGCUAGGCCAAGUCUUAUCAAUUGGUGUAUUUUAAUUUGCUCGUGGUAAACGCUAUCCUCUAGGUAACUACCAACAACUUGGUUGUUAAAUGUCGGAGAAGAGUUCGAACUCGUCGGGCUCAGAUGAAGAUGUGGAUCCCGAAUCUGGGCAGCCUGUUGAACUCGGUGGCGUCCUAAGCAAGUGGACCAACUACAUUCACGGAUGGCAGGACCGGUGGGUAGUGUUGAAGAACAACACUCUGAGCUACUAUAAGUCAGAGGAUGAGCGGGAGUACGGCUGCAGGGGCUCUCUGUGUCUCAGCAAAGCUAUCAUCACUCCCCACGAGUUUGACGAGUGUCGUUUUGACAUUAGUGUGAACGACAGUGUGUGGUACCUACGGGCAGAGGAUCCAGAGCACCGGCUCCAAUGGAUUGACUCCAUCGAACUACACAAGGCGGAGUCGGGGUAUGGUUCAGAGUCCAGUCUGAGGCGUCAUGGCUCCAUGCUGUCUCUCACCUCUGCUGCCAGCGGCUUCUCUGCCACCUCCACUUCCUCCUUCAAGGGCCACAGCCUGCCGGAGAAGCUGGCGGAGAUGGAGACGUUCAGAGACAUCCUCUGCAGACAGGUGGACACGCUGCAGAAGUACUUUGAUAGCUGCGCAGAUGGAGUCUCCAAGGACGAGUUCCAGAGAGACAGAGUGGUGGAGGAGGAUGAAGACGACUUUCCCUCGAGCACACGGCCCGAUGGCGACUGCCUUUACAACAACGGCAGCAAAGAGAAGCUGUUUCCCGCUGCUAAUCCUAAGGGCAUGAAUGGGAUCGACUUUAAGGGUGAGGCCAUCACGUUUAAGGCCACUACAGCUGGGAUCCUGUCCACCCUCUCCCACUGCAUCGAACUCAUGGUGAAGAGAGAGGACAGCUGGCAGAAGAGACUUGACAAGGAGCUGGAGAAGAGGAGAAGGGUAGAGGAUGCCUACAAGUCGGCCUUGAGUGAACUGAAGAAGAAAUCUCACUAUGGAGGCCCCGACUACGAGGAGGGUCCUAAUAGCCUCAUAAAGGAGGAUGAGUUCUUUGAUGCGGUGGAAGCUGCCCUGGACAGACAAGACAAGAUAGAGGAGCAGUGUCAGUCAGACAAGGUGAGGAAACCCAGACUGACCCCAGUCCCUCCUGGAGACACAUACUCCACCAUCGGAACCCACCGCUUCGCCGAACAGGUGGAGGAGGUGGUCCAGAAUCACAUGACAUACUCCCUGCAGGACAUGGGUGGAGACGCCAACUGGCAGCUGGUGGUGGAGGAGGGUGAGAUGAAGGUGUACAGGAGAGAGGUGGAGGAGAACGGCAUCGUCCUGGACCCUCUGAAGGCCACCCAUGCAGUGAAGGGUGUGACAGGACAUGAGUUAUGCCACUACUUCUGGGACACGGACGUACGCAACGACUGGGAGACCACUAUUGAAAACUUCAACGUGGUGGAGACGCUCUCAGACAAUGCUGUUAUAGUCUACCAGACACACAAGAGAGUAUGGCCCGCCUCUCAGAGGGACGUUCUCUACCUAUCCGCUAUCAGGAAGAUUCUGGCAACCAAUGAGAGUGACCCAGACACGUGGCUGGUCUGCAACUUCUCUGUGGAUCAUAACAACGCCCAGCCCACCAACCGGUGUGUCCGUGCGAAGAUCAACGUGGCCAUGAUCUGCCAGACCCUUGUGAGCCCUCCAGAGGGCAACAAAGAGAUCAGCAGGGACAACAUCCUCUGUAAGAUCACCUACGUGGCCAACGUGAAUCCUGGAGGCUGGGCCCCUGCCUCAGUCCUCAGAGCUGUGGCCAAGAGGGAGUACCCCAAGUUCCUCAAACGCUUCACCGGCUACGUCCAGGAGAAGACCAGUGGGAAACCCAUCCUCUUUUAAACCUCUACAGGCGGGAACACAUUUAAUCCUGAAGAGACAUGGCUACAUUUACGAUCAUUCAAGGGGCUCCCACAGACUACAUUACCCAUUCAUCCGUCUACCAGAAUGUCUCCAAACUAUAUUACCCAUGAUGAAAUAUCUGUAUCAAAUGACUAGAAACUGGUUUAGGGCUUUAUUCUACCAGUAGUUGCUAGCCACCUGAGACACAAAAACAACCAAACAUCAAACUGUCCAUGGAUAUGUAUUUGUAUAUAAAUUCAAGAAUUUCUAUGGCAAUAUUUUGAACCAAUUCUUUGCUUUUUGUAAAUUGUUUUGUACAUUUCCAAUUAUACUUUGUUUGCAUUAACCACUGAUUGUUUUCAUGCUGCUAAUUUUACUACAAAAAGAAUGCAAGUAGACAGACGGAGAGCAGUGUGUUGAGUUUGGCUAGCCUUCGUCUUGUCCUCUCCUAGUGAUGACCUGCCCUGGAGUCAAGCUUUGUACACCAUUAUACAGUAGCUGUAAAGGAUUGUAAUGUUAAGGGAUUGAAAGUAAAGGAUGUUGGCAAACUGGAAUUGGAAGAACUACAUAACUCGCCUGUUUUCAAAGUAAGGUGACCUUUAUGACAACGAACUGAAUGUAUGGUAUAGAUGGAUGUCAUUUGUUGAAUGUGACCCAUAAACACUAAGGUAUCAAUUGUUGGUAUCCACUGUCGAGUUUGCUGCCCCCCGUAACAUAUCUACCACAGCAUUGGGUGUUCAAAUGGACCACUUCAAAGGCUUUGAGGAGACGGGGUGGCCAUUUUUUUUCACAUCCCUCGUUAACCCGUCAUGCCUUAAACGCCAGGAUGAGCCCUGGAAGAAGUCUGUUAGAGUAUCAUACGACCAGAGACGCUACACUGGGGUCAGCAUUUCACAGGAUUUCUUACCUCAUUUUUGUCAGAAUCCUCCACUCAGCUUGAGGGGUCAUAGAAUCCAUGGGGAACAACAUUGCCAUGAUGAUCAGAGGAGUGACAUCAGCUGAAGAAUGCAUUAAGCCUUUAAUUUUGUCUGAGGAAUUGACACGCUUUGUAUAUUUCUGUUGUAUGUCUGAAGUGUUAUCAUUUGGGCAAUGUUCUGUAAAUUAAAAUUGUUACACUACAGAAAUGAA